CUGCUCUUCACCCAUUGCAAGCCACCCAGAAACAGCAGCGGAUCCCGAUGGCAUGGACACUUAUGCAAGGUCUGCCGCGCUGCCGUGCCACUGGAGCCUCCCCGCCGUCUCUGCGUUCAACCCAGCUCCGUCGCCAUCGCCCCGCAGCCGAGAGAGCCCUGCCGCAACGCGACCUGCGACCACCGAGCCAAAGCAGGCGGCAUGAGGCUUGAUCCAGUGCAUUUAUCCAUGCUGGUCAUCGGGGUCUCGUUCGCCUGCUACUCCCCGAGUUUGAAUUCCCUGCAGGACCAGGCUUACAAAUCCGCCGUGGUGAUCGAGGGCAAGGUGCAGUCUGCGCCGGCGAACGUGUCCGCGGAGCCGCACCGGGUGCACGUCAGAGUGCUGGACGUGUGGCCCCUGAACAGCGGGGGUCUGCGGCGAGAGCAGCUCGUCACCGUGGGGGAAUUCGGAUCCGAGGCUCCGUGCACCAGAGUGAAGAGGAACCACAAGUACAUCUUUUUCAUGGACCCCACUGACGAGCCCUUGGUUUUCAAGGCAUCGUUCGCGCCGCUGGACACGAGUGGGAAGAACCUCAAAAAGGAUGUUGGGAAGAUCUUGUGCGAGGACUGCGCUGCGGCUCCAAAGUUAAAACCGAUGAGGAAUCCAAUAAUAGUGGACGAGGGGAAAAGGCUCACAGUUAAGUGUGAGGCCACAGGGAACCCUCUCCCCACCUACAGAUGGUUCAAAGAUGGCAACGAGCUGAAGAAAAACAAAAAAGUCAAAAUAAAGAACAGCCAGAAAAACUCCAAAGUCCAGAUCAGCAAAGCAAAACUGGAGGAUUCUGGGAAUUACACAUGUGUGGUGGAGAACCCGCUGGGAAAGGACAACUCCACUGGCACUGUUAACGUCCAAAGCAUAACCACAACGCUAUCUCCAGGCUCAGGCCACACCAGAAGAUGCAACGACACAGAGAAGGCCUACUGUGUGAAUGGCGGCGACUGUUACUUCAUAGACGGUGUAAAUCGGCUCUCCUGCAAGUGUCCAAAUGACUUUACUGGUGAUCGCUGUCAAACCUACGUUAUGGCCAGUUUCUACCAGCAUCUUGGGAUUGAAUUUAUGGAGGCAGAGGAACUCUACCAGAAAAGAGUCCUGACAAUCACGGGUAUUUGUGUGGCUCUGUUGGUCGUGGGCAUCGUGUGUGUGGUUGCCUACUGUAAAACUAAGAAACAAAGAAAGAAGAUGCACAAUCAUCUGCGACAAAACAUGUGUCCAGAAUAUCCCAAUCGUAACCUUGCAAACGGACCCAAUCACCCAGGACCAGGCCCAGAGGAAAUUCCGAUGGUGGAUUACAUAUCAAAGAAUGUUCCUGCAACUGAACGAGUCAUACGACCUGCAACAGAGGGAUCGUUCCCUGCCAGCCAUGCCUCUUCAAGAUCUCACAACUCUUCCACACGAGCCCAUUCAUCCACUCACAGACACGAGGAACGGACAUGGAGCCUGGAACACUCCGACAGUAUCCUGUCUGACUCGCCGGGAAUGAUGUCAUCAUCCGUGGGGACGAGUAAAUGCAGCAGUCCUGCAUGCAUGGAGGCGCGGGCACGGCGCGCUGCACACUGUGGUUACUCCGACCCCCAUAGGCCGGGCCUACAGUACGGGGAAUCCUUUGACUCGCUGGGAGACUCUCCGCACAGUGACAGAUACGUGUCAGCCCUGACAACACCAGCUCGACUCUCGCCAGUGGAUUUCCAUUAUUCAUUGCCCCCACAGGUGCCUACCUUCCAGAUCACAUCCCCCAAUGCCAGCCAUGCCAUGUCUCUCCCUCCUGCUGUCCACAACCCUUACCCUCUGGAGGAUGACCAGCCUCUGCUGCGCCGCUACCAGGUGCCCCUACAUGAUGCCCAGUGCCAGGAGCCCUACCGGCAGCAGCGUCGUACCUAUCUUAAUGACAGCAGGGGGAGUCUGCCCUCCAGCCCCUAUCGGCGGGCUGAGGACGAAGACUAUGAGACCACCCAGGAGUAUCUCUCCUCUCGGGAGCAACCAAAGAGAAGUGGGUCCAGUGAAGCUGGUAGCCGGCGCUGGAGGAGAUCCAGACUGAAUGGCCACGUGGCCCCACGUGGAUAUGAGGCAUCUCGGGACUAUGGGUCUCGAAGCUGCCUAACAGAUAGUGAGUCAGAGGAAGACGGUGAGAGCACGCCCUUCCUCAGUAUGCAGAAUAUGAAUGCUGAGCCCUCCACCAUCUACAGGCCGGCGGACAGUCGGACUUCUCACCCAUCGGGGCGGCACAGUGGGCAUGGGAACAUGCAUACAAGACUUACACACUCACGCUCUAAACCGGACAAUACACCCCAUUAAAGAGUGAAAAUGAACCAACAAAAAUAAAUAUAGUAUAGACCUGCAUCUAUAAGAAAUAUUUUUAUUUUAUAUAACUGACAGAUAUUCUAAACAAAUGAAAUAUUUAUUUUCAUUUUAGCAAAAGUUGUCUACUAGUUAACAGCAAAGACUUUUUUAUAGGGAAAACUCUAUUUAUAUGUACAUUUUGAUUUACAGCAUAAAAAGAUGUGCCAGUUUUUUCACAACGUAAAAAAAAAAAAUAGAGUAAUAUUGUGGUGCCUUUUGCUGUA